AUGGCCCCUCACUCGCAACGUGCAUUCUUUCAAGUCUCGCCGAUUGCGGGAAAGAAACGUCCUGCUCCCUCUCUGCUCCCGGCCUUUGAACCCGAAGUUACUUCACCGAAACUACCGCGGUGCAAUGACACACACCAUGCGCCUCCAAAGGGGAGUAGAUCAACGCAACGGAUGACGAACCAGCUUCCCUCCGCCCCAACAUCGUCCACCUUCAUCCCAACAUCAUCUUCACCACAGCUUCCCAACAAGCGCCGACAGCCUUUGCAACGUACUGUUUCGGCCCUGUCGGAGCGCAUGCCUCUAGCUAUCCUACCUUCAAUAGAACUCGACGAGGAUGGAAAGCCAACCUUAUUGGGUAGAUCCACCAAUUCAUCCCAUUAUCAGCUUUCCACAAAUAAGCUAAUAUCUCGCGUGCACGUUCGCGCCGCCUAUAUCCCACCUACCGGUGGCACUUCACGGCAGGUCCAGAUUGAGUGCACCGGCUGGAAUGGCAUCAAGGUUCAUUGUCAGGGGAGAGCCUGGGAGCUAUACAAGGGGGAUACUUUCACGUCAGAAACGGAUGAUGCAGAGUUAAUGAUUGACGUGCAAGACGCGCGUGUGCUAAUUAAAUGGCCGUCUCGGGAACAGAAGGUCAUGACGCCGACUGAUUCAGAAGGCACGUUUGAUCAUGAGAAGUCACCUUCGAAAAAGGCAGCAAUGAGGACUUCUCCAGUGCUCCCAGUGUCCCAUAUCAGUCCGCUACGCCAACCAGCAAGGUUCCAGUCGCCGAUCUCUCCGUCCCAUCACACAAGUUUCGCUACUUUAGACCAAAGCACAAUCCAAGAUGCGUCGCAGCCUCCAGUUCAUAUAUAUGAAGACGAGACUCAUUGUGAAGAGAAGGAUGGCGGCGCAGCUCAACCUACGCAAUCUACCCAAAUACUCACGCAGCUCCCCAACCCAGAAUACAAAAAUUUUUCGGAUAGCGACGAGGAGAACGAUCCUAUAAUUCUUUCUUUUGGUCCAUAUGGCGCCAAUUUAAAUGGUCGUAUGGAGGCUUUCAGCACGAUAUCGUCACCGGAAGUGCGCCGGCCGUUGAAGCCUAUACUUAAAGAGAGCGCAUCUCAGAACGUUUCCCCACAACGCUUUACCGAUGCAACAGGAUCACCAAAAAGCAAUUCAUUCACAGAUCUUUCCUGCAAUGCCAGCCCACGGGCUCACAAGGCUCAGACUAAGCCCAAAAUCGGAACUGAGGGUAACAUUGCUAGCUUUGUAAUCAACCACUUAUUGUAUUCGCAGUUGAGUGCAACACCGCUUUCAACACUGUCGCAACACAUAGACUCUCACUUAGAAGACGCCAGAGACAGUGGGGCAAUUGGGGCUGCAUGCCACGAUCUGUCUCCAGCUUCAUUGCACAAAUUGCUCCAGUCUACUCCGUGCAUAGGAACUGUGCAGCGUGAAGGUAAAGAUGCUGCAGGCAAACCACUCGAGAGCGAGUACUACUACAUGCCAGAGCAGGAUGACAACCCUAUGCGACAAGACAUUGUUCGCAGCCUAGGGAUUGGAGGGCGAGGACUACGAAACUGCCGAAAGAGCCAUAAAGUCAGUCAUGAUGCCUUUCACCACGAAUUUGCUGAAUACACUGACACAAACAGCAAUAUUUCUGGCGAAAGCCCAAAAGGUGAUCUGCACAGCGACUGUGAAUUUUCCCCUGGAUGA